CUUCAAUUCAAUUAUUUUCAGUUCUCUUAAGCACUGCUCAUUAUAUUAUUCUUCACCAAUGAUCCCAGUCACCCAAUCAUCCUCUCCUAUACCAUGCUGAUUGUAUUGUAUACGUCGUCCCAACCCAAUUCUUCAGAUAUCGCUCGACCAAACAACCACCAGUCAGUAUAGAAGUCGUCUCAAGUGAACACAUAUAUGGUGCAGGAAUUGGAAAGCUAAGCAAGAAAUAUUAGCAAUGGGUUCAAAUAGUACAGGAUGUCCGGCGGGCAUGAAAGCGACGUCGAAUGGGGUGUUUCAGGGAGACAAUCCGCUUGACUACGCACUCCCUCUUGCAAUCUUACAAAUCUGCAUGGUGGUUCUUCUCACUCGCCUCCUAGCAUUCCUUCUCAAGCCACUAAGGCAGCCACGCGUGAUUGCAGAAAUUGUGGGUGGAAUAUUGCUUGGUCCAUCAGCUCUAGGACGCAGCUCUGCCUUUUUGAACUCUGUGUUCCCAUCCAAGAGCUUAACGGUCUUGGACACUUUGGCCAACAUUGGCUUACUUUUCUUCAUGUUCUUGAUAGGACUGGAACUCGACCCCAAGUCCCUCGUUAGCAAAACAGGAAAGAAAGCUCUUGCCAUUGCCCUUGCCGGGAUCACAUUCCCCUUCGUCUUGGGAAUCGGGACAUCUUUUGCACUUCGAGCAACAAUCUCGCAGGGAGUCGAUAAAGCACCUUUCUUUGUGUUCAUGGGAGUCGCUCUCUCCAUCACCGCCUUCCCCGUCCUGGCACGCAUCUUGGCUGAGUUGAGGCUGCUUACCACUGAGGUUGGACGGAUGGCCAUGUCAGCAGCGGCUGUUAAUGACGUGGCAGCGUGGAUUCUUCUCGCCCUUGCAAUUGCGCUCUCUGGCUCUGACUCUUCUCCACUUGUCUCCGUGUGGGUCCUCUUGUCCGGAUGCGGCUUUGUAAUCUGUUGCGCACUUGUUCUUCCUCCCAUCUUUGGAUGGAUGUCUCGGCGCUGCUCUGAAGGCGAAGCCAUCAACGAGUCUUACGUCUGUGCCACGUUGGCAACGGUCUUGGCAGCUGGUUUUGUCACUGACACCAUUGGAAUCCAUGCUCUGUUUGGGGCAUUUGUUGUUGGAGUUGUUCUUCCCAAGGAAGGCCCUUUUGCGGCUGCUCUUGUUGAGAAGGUUGAGGAUCUUGUCUCUGGUCUCUUCCUUCCGUUGUACUUUGUGUCCAGUGGACUCAAGACAAAUGUUGCCACCAUUCGUGGCCUCAGGUCCUGGGGGCUCCUUCUUUUGGUCAUAUUCAAUGCUUGCUUCGGUAAGAUUGUUGGUACCAUUGUCGUCUCCUUCUUUUGUAGGGUACCUUUUCAAGAAUCAUUGGCUCUCGGCUUUCUCAUGAAUACUAAGGGCUUGGUGGAGCUCAUCGUCCUUAACAUCGGUAAAGAUAGGAAGGUAUUAAAUGACCAAACAUUUGCAAUUAUGGUGCUGAUGGCUAUCUUCACAACAUUCAUCACCACGCCUUUGGUAAUGGCAGUUUAUAAACCGGCCAAGAGAAUGGCAAAAGCGGACUACAAAUACAGAACAGUUAAGAGGAAAAACCCGGACACUCAACUGCGACUCAUGGUGUGUUUCCACAGCACAAGGAACAUCCCUUCAAUGCUAAAUCUGAUCGAAGCCUCGCGCGGCACUGAAAAAAGGGAAGGCCUUUGCAUAUACGCAUUGCAUCUCAUGGAGCUCACUGAGAGGCCUUCUGCUAUAUUGAUGGUCCACAAAACCAGAAAGAAUGGCCUACCCUUUUGGAACAAAGGCCGCCAUUCUAAUGCGAAUCAAAUAGUGAUUGAGUUUGAGGCUUUGGAGCAGCUAAGCAGAGUGUCGAUUCGCCCCAUGACUUCAAUCUCAUCCAUCCCCAACAUUCACGAUGACGUAUGCGCUUGUGCUGAGAGCAAGAGGGUUGCAAUGGUAAUUCUUCCAUUUCACAAGCACCAAAGGGUUGAUGGAACGUGGGAAACAACAAGGAGUGAAUUCAGGUGGGUGAAUAAGAAAGUUCUCGAGCAUCCACCCUGCUCUGUGGGGAUCUUGGUGGACCGGGGGCUUGGUGGGACCACCCACGUGACAGCAAGUAAUGUUUCAUCUUCAAUUACCAUGCUCUUCUUUGGAGGCAACGACGAUCAAGAGGCUCUUGCUUAUGCUUUGAGAAUGGCAGAGCAUCCUGGUAUCAACCUCACCAUAGUGCACUUGAUAGUAAGGUCCGAGGAUGUUGGAGACAUUGUCAGUGUCGUAGAUAUAAACGACAACGCAUCAUCAUCAACGGAUGAGAUGCUGCUUUCUGAGGUCAAAGCAAAAAAGAGCUCAUCAUCCAUAAAGUUUGAAGAGAGAGUUGUGAAAAGCCUCGGUGAGAUCAUUGAGGUGGUUGGAGAGUACAGCAGAGGAUGCAAUUUGUUUGUAGUUGGUAGGGUGCCCAAAGGACACGUGGCGGUGACUUUGAACAAUGUCAAAUGCGAGUGUCCAGAAUUGGGGCCACUAUGCAACUUGUUAACCUCUCCGGAACUGGUCUCAACUUCAGCCUCGGUUUUGGUCGUGCAACACUAUCAUGCUCUAUGCUCUAAUGGAUAAAAAAUUUUCUUCUCUUUCAUUUUAGACUUAACUAAUCCUGUAAGUGUGGAUCAUCAUCUCAUAAUUAGUAAUAUUAAACCUGAUGAUUGGGACUCCAAGCAAGGAAUCAACUUUUAUAUAUAUAUAUUGGCUGUCUCUUUCCGUUUC